UCUUCAUCAUCACCAUUAUCGCCAUUAAUUAACAUCAACAUUAUCAGCAUGACGUAAGACUCGACAUAGAAUAAUCAGAAUAAUCUACACCCAUAUGUUCCGUUUAACGCACAUUUGCAUUUCAGGCAAUGCAGUAAGGUGUUUACAUUGGCUGAACAGGCCAAAUCAAACUCACAACGUAUAGACCAUGGCCAAGUGACGAAAGUAAUAGAAAAAUCGCAGAAGCGUUUAAAGGAUAUGAUGGACAGAGGAAAAGAUAACAUGAAUUCACUUAAAGCUUCUUACGAACAAAUUUGUGAAGAAAUACUUGAUGAACGUCGACAGAUCAAUGAGAAUCUUGACCGACUUCAGCAAAACACCAUAAGGGAAUUGGAAUCAAUUCACGAGCGCUUAAAUAAUUCCAUUGAAGAUGACACCAAGCGAUGCUUAGAAUGUAUUUCAAAGUUAAAGAUAUAUGGCGCUAAGCUCAAAGACAAUAUGUUACCUGAACGAACGUUUAUUACGUUAAGAAAAUGUAUUGAUCAAACUGCUGCAGCAGAUUCACUCCUAAAAAGCAUGAUCAAGAAUGAUGGAACUGAUAUUAAAUUCCAGCCUAACCGUGAAUUGAUUCAAUGUCAUGCAGACUGCACUGAUCUUGGGAAAAUCAUCGUACGCGAUCCACAACAUAACGUUGAUCCAAGCAAGAUUGUCAGCAUCGAGGACAAGUCAGAAUAUAAUGUUCGAACAGCUACUGAUAAAUCCCCAUGUAAGAUUACGGGUAUAUGUACGACUUCUAACGGGGAUCUCGUCAUUGCUGACUUUUACAAUAAUUGUGUGCAACUCCUUAAUCAGGCGUACAAGGUGAUUGAUCAAAUUCAGCUUCCUACUAAUCCGUGGUCCAUGUGUAGCAUUUCCUCCUUCGAAAUGGCGGUGACUGUUAGCAAGUAUGAAGCUGAUGCUCUUAACGGGAUUCAUUUCUUACGGGUAGAUGGCGGAAAGAUUAUACGCAAACAGGUUCUAAAAAUGAAUCAUGUCUGUUAUGGAAUUGCGCAUGUCGAUGCAGAAGUGUUUGUGACUUCCGGUACUGCGUUGUACGAAUACACAAUGGACGGACGGUUAGUUAAGAAGUUAUACGAAGAUAGUACUGGACGAUUCCGAGUUGUAGGUGUUGGGGUGAGUCCUGAUGGGAAGAUGAUCUAUGUGACGGACUUUAAUUCCUACGCAUCUAUACUCCUUACUGUGGGUUAUUCGACAACAAACCAUGAUAGAAAAAUAUUAUUUCUUAAAUAACCAACAGUAAGGAGUAUAGAUGCGUAGGAAUUAAAUCACGAGUGCGAAGCACGAGUGAUUUGAUAACACGCAUCUAUACAACUUACUGUGGGUUAUUCGACAACAAACCAUCAUAGAAAAAUAUUAUUUCGAUUCUAACACGAUUCUAAUUGAUUUGGUUCAAGUUUUAGGACGUGAACUAUAUUUUUCAAUACCCCGCCCUUCUUAGUACAAAGUUCACUAUUUAGUGACGUCAUUGAAUUGUACAAACAUAUGACGUCGUUUUCAUUUACAAAUAUUUUGCAAAUGACAUCACUUUCAUUGAAAACAACAAUCGUAGAAACUUAAUGACGUCACGUUUAUUGAUGCCACUGAAAAGCUGACAUGCUAUAAACGUUUUCUGAAUUACGUUUCCUAACAAAUAAUAUUCUUUGUUGGCGUGGUCAUGCCAAUAAUCAUCAAAUAUACAAUUUGUUGUUUCAUUACACUUAUAUACAUGCUACAUUUAUUACAAUUCUUUUAGAGCGGGGUUUAGCACGUGCAUUUUACUGCAAUAUUUUCUUUAUUUAUUCGGAACUAUUUUCGAAACAUUAAGCUCCGCCCAUAAGUUAUUGCAGAAUAACCCACGCUUGAUUUCCUUCUUUGUCUAUAGAAAACAAGUCACGUGCCGUGUUAGAAUCGCUUAUAUAUGGUCUAAAUAAUACAUGUUUGUAUUCGUUCAUUGAACUAAUAAUUCUUUUCUGCAUGAUCGUAUUAUUUUAUGCAUCCUUAUACUCGCAAGCUUAAGUUUGGCCUGUGUA